CUUCCCCCGCAAAACAAAAGGGAGCGGCGGCGGCGAGAGCGGCCGGGAAGGACGGACGGGAUUGUUCCCCGCUGCGCGGCACUUGCCAGUGGGUGAGCUGAGCCCCCACUCGGUGCUGCCGCCAUGUCCCGCCGUAGCCAGCGCCUUGUCACCACCCGCUAUUACCCSGGGGACGACGAUGCCACGACCAGCAGCAGCAGCAGCACCUCUCUGCUGGGUGGGACACAGCUCCCCUUCAAGGAGACCACCGGCAGGACGAUCAGGAGGAAAUCGAGUAGCACAAAGCGCCUUUCUCCUGCCCCCAGCACCCAAACCUCCUACUACAGCGAGUCCAUGAUGAGCGAGUCCUACCUGGGGGACAGCCGGGGCCUUGCUGCCUUUAGCAGCUCCAUGCUGGAUGAUGACUUGGACAGCARCUCGUACUGGGGUGGGGAGCUUUCCACCAGGAGGAGAAGAGGUACAGGGGACACCGAGUCCAGUAAGAUCAAUGGGGUGCUGGAGAGCAAGACGUAUGACACCUACACAUCUUCAUCGGGAUACUCCUCAGAGGAUGACUAUGCUGGUCACUAUUACUCAGGCCAGAGUAGCUCUGGGUCAGGUCUGAGAACUGCAGCCUCCCGGGUGGGCUCCUUCCUCUGGCAGGUGUUCACCUCCCCAGUUCGGUUCAUGGUAUGGCUGUUCUCAGGGCUGGCAGGGGCAUGGCACCGCCUCACCGGCACGACUUCCCACCUGGACACUGUCCCCUUCUCCAGGCGCUACCCACGUCUGAAGAGGUCCCUGCUGCUUCUCCUGCUCCUCCUGCUCCUUGCUGCUGCUGCCUAUGGAGCUUGGUACUUCUACCCAUAUGGGCUAUCGACACUGAGCCUGCCUUCCUUCCCGUGGUGGGGAACUGGAAGGCUUUCCUCCUCCUCUGAUGUUCCUGGGGCAGGGGACCUGACCACGCUGGACCAGGGGGGACACCCACUUCUGGUUCGCUUCCAGUCCCUGGAGAAACGCUUUGAAGCACUGGAGGCUGAGCUGUCGCGGUGGGAGCUGCGUCGUGGGGCAGCAGCAGUGACAGCAGGGGGAGAGCCACCCCCAGGGGACGUCCUUGCGCUGCUGGAGGGUCUKGUGAGCCGUCGGGAUGCGGGGCUGAAGGAGCAUCUCCGCACUGACAUGACCAACCACCUCCAGGGUGAGCUCGAUGCCCUCCGAGCUCAGGUGCAGAGGGAUUUAGACGGGCACCUGGGGAAGAUGGCACAAGCCUCUCAGGAGAUGGAAGCACGCUUGCUGGAGCUGAACUCGGARUGGCAGAGCUCAGUGCAGGAGAGCCUGCGAAAGACCUUCCGGCAGGAGGUGGGCAAGCUGGAGCAGGAGGUGGCAGCGCUGAGGAGGGAGCUGGCAGGUCUCAAGUCAGACCAGGAGGUGAUGGGGAAGCACGUUGACGGGAUACUGGAGCAGCUGAAGACAGUGCGGGCUGAUCUGGAAGCGCAAUUCCCGGUGUGGAUCAGUCGGUUCCUGUCGCAGUCCCAGCAGGAUGGUGCUGCUGCCUUCAUCCUCCAGCAGGAAGACUUGCAAKCAGAGCUCCAGGCUCUGGAGCGCAAGAUCCUUGCAAAAGUCUUGGAGGACCGGAGAUUGUCAGCACGGGAUGCUCAGGCUGGUAUUGGAGUGGCCCUGCGGCAAGGAGGGACUGCAGGAGUKACAGAGGAGCAAGUGCAUCUCAUCGUGGGCCAGGCCCUGAAGCGCUACAGCGAGGACCGUGUGGGGAUGGUUGACUACGCCCUUGAGUCGGCAGGGGCCAGCGUCAUCAACACUCGCUGUUCAGAGACCUACGAGACCCGGACAGCGCUGCUGAGCUUGUUCGGCAUCCCGCUCUGGUACCACUCGCAAUCCCCCCGUGUCAUCCUGCAGCCAGAUGUCAACCCUGGGAACUGCUGGGCGUUUCGUGGCUCCCAAGGCUUUGCUGUCAUCCGCCUCUCUGGCAUCAUCCGCCCCACAGCUGUGACGCUGGAGCACAUCCCAAAAGCCCUUUCACCCCAGGGGACCAUCCCCAGUGCCCCCAAGGACUUUGCUGUCUAUGGUUUAAAGGAAGAAGGAGAGGAAGAGGGCCUUCUCCUUGGACAGUUCACCUACAGCCACAAUGGCGAUCCCAUCCAAACAUUUUACUUGGAGGGUGACUCCAUGGGCACAUACCAGCUGGUGGAGCUCCGGGUACUGAGCAAUUGGGGCCACCCCGAAUACACCUGCAUCUACCGCUUCCGUGUGCAUGGGGAGCCAGCACACUGACCCCUGGCUCCGCGCGGGAUGAGGAUGCUGCCAGGCUGACAGCAGGAAGGGAUGCAUCUGGUKCACUGCUUCACAUGUAGAAAUCCUGGGAUGUGCCAGCAGCCACAGGAAGCUGCUCCCCUGGGGGGAGGAGAAGAGCUGGUGUUGAAGGGGUGAGGCUUUCACUCUUCCAAGGACCGGGUGGUGAGGCAAGAGCAUCCCAUGUGAGUCCUAGCACAGCCUGGCUUGUUUUCAGUGCGUAUGGGACAUUUUAACUUUAUAAGCUAACUUUGUAUUGGGUCUGCGCUGCCCCUUGUCCCUAUUGCCCCUCUCCUUUCUGCUGGUGUGUCAGCAUUGCCAGGGCGUGGGAAAGGGGGGUGUCAUUUUCUGAUGUGCUUCAUGCGGGCUUGGGCGCAAUCAGUGUGUGGGACUGUGGUGCCUGGCCCGGUGCUGCUGGAGUAGGUGGGAGCCACUGGUCAUGGCCACCAAGUCCCCUCCACACAGGGUCACUUCUCUUGCCUUGGUGUUGGUUUGGGUAAAGGUGUCCAGCCCUCAAAUGGGCUGGCAGAGAGGAAAUAAGACAGUAUUACUGAAGUAUUAACAUGAAACUAAUGGUUUGUGGCAGCAGGAGGAGAGGAGCAUGGCACAUGUUGGUGGCAGAGCCCACCUUGGUGCUGCCAAACCCUCUUGCUGCCAGUGGCUCAGUUGGGUCUUGGCGAUGCUGUUGGCCUCCGUGGCUGGCUGCCUCCCCAGUGUUAAGCUUGACGAUACUAUUGAAAAUUCCUGUUGCCUGCUUUUCCUUUGGGGUUUGUUCUGAUAUUUUUUUUUAAGAUGGGUGGAGAGGAGGGCUAUUUUCUAGUUGGGAUGCUGGGAUUGGGUUUUUUUUUUUGGGGGGGGG